AUGCUGAAAGUCACCAUGCCCUCCUCCUCCUCCUCCUCGUCCUCCUCGUCGUCCUCCUCCUCCUCCUCCUCGGGCUCCGCGGCCGCCGGCCGCCCCGGGGGCGCCGCGCCCGACUACUGGAUCGACGGCUCCAACAAGGACACCCUGGCCCACUACUUCGAGCUGGAGUCCGAGCUGGGACGUGGGGCUACAUCCAUUGUCUACAGAUGCAGGCAGAAAGGGACCCAGAAACCUUACGCCGUCAAAAUGUUGAAGAAGACAGUAGACAAGAAAAUUGUCCGCACAGAAAUUGGAGUGCUUCUUCGCCUUUCACAUCCCAACAUUAUAAAACUGAAGGAGAUAUUUGAGACCCCCACCGAAAUCAGUCUUGUUCUGGAAUUGGUCACAGGUGGAGAACUAUUUGACAGGAUUGUGGAAAAGGGUUAUUACAGUGAACGAGAUGCUGCUGAUGCUGUUAAACAAAUCCUGGAGGCAGUUGCUUACCUGCAUGCAAAUGGGAUUGUGCACCGUGACUUGAAGCCAGAAAAUCUACUCUAUGCAACACCAGCACCAGAUGCACCACUGAAAAUAGCUGAUUUUGGACUUUCCAAAAUUGUGGAAGAUCAGGUGACCAUGAAGACAGUUUGCGGAACUCCAGGGUACUGUGCACCAGAGAUACUACGAGGAUGUGCCUAUGGCCCUGAGGUGGACAUGUGGUCUCUGGGGAUUAUCACCUACAUCCUACUCUGUGGCUUUGAACCAUUUUAUGACGAAAGGGGAGAUCAGUACAUGUUUAAGAGAAUCCUGAACUGUGAAUAUGACUUUGUGUCCCCCUGGUGGGAUGAUGUGUCUCUGAAUGCCAAGGAUUUAGUUAAAAAGUUAAUUGUUUUAGACCCCAAGAAACGCCUCACAACUCUACAGGCUUUGCAGCACCCAUGGGUGACAGGAAAGGCAGCAAAUUUUGCACAUAUGGACAAUGCACAAAAGAAACUUCAAGAAUUCAAUGCCCGGCGUAAACUUAAGGCUGCAGUAAAAGCUGUUGUGGCAUCGACUCGCCUUGGCAGCGCCAGCAGUCACAGCACUCAUGACAGCAACAAGCCCAGCCGUAACCCAUCUCCCGUCCACGACGGCAAACCUGAAGAGAAACCCACUCAGGAAGCAGAAGCAGCUCCAGAAGAAAUGUCUUAGGUCAAUGUGCUUCCUUGUUUCAGCUGAAAUCUGUCAUUUCAUACACCAGCUAACUUGUCAUUCAGUAAGAGAGAUUCGUAAGCUUGACCUCUCUGGUUCUGCUUUGGGGUGCCAAACGCACUGGCUGGUGAUUCUACCUUCAAUGCAUGUGACUGCUUAUGAAAAUAGUAAACUGUUCCAUAAGGCAUGUCAUGGAAACAGUGUUCUUUGCAGUAAUACUGGCAGGUGAAAACAUGGGAAUGAAUAACUACCUACCAUAAUGCGUAUACUCCAUAUACAGUGUUUCUAGAUGGCGUUUGAAACAAAUACUAUUUAAUUCAGUUUUACGGAAGUAGGUGUCUUCUGUAUGUCAUGACUUUCUUUGAACUGCUUCCUUUCAGAUUCAUAGUCCUGCAGUAGACAAAAUGGAAGGAAAUACCAAACAAAUAGCUUUUAAAAAUAAUGUAUGAAAUAAUGCUUUUUACCUGUAAAGUUAAAAAAUAAUGAAAAAAGAAAAAAAAAAAAAAGAAAAAAGAAAAAAGAAAAAAAGAAAGUGUUUGGGGAUUUAUAUGCAACAAACAUUCCACUACUUCUGGGAAGAAAUUGAAAUGUUAGUUUGACUGGGCAUGAAAAUGUACAUUCCUCAAGCUUGUUUUGAGAAUGCCUUACUCUGACUUUUCCUGUUUAUAUACAGCAUUUUAAUGACAACCAAAAUUACUCAGACUUCUGCUAUCUCAUUCUCUAGUAAACUGUUAGCCAAACGAAAUGACAGAAGAAUAGGGGAUUAGAGUAAAUGCAAAUUUUUUGAAUGCCGUUGUAUUUACUCAUGUAUUUCUAAACUGUGCAGCUAGAAAACGUUUUUAUAGGGCCUAAGGGAAUAAACCGCAAUUACAAAAGUUUUAAAUGCUUGAAGGAAGCUAUUCCACAACAUAAUGAUUUUGCUCUGGGGAAACACUCUUAUACAAGGUCUGGGAGACAGUAGUGUAAUCUGGCUGCUUCCUAGAUAGUUUAACCUCACGAGUAACCCAUCUCACUCGUCAGCGCAGUUAGUUCAGAUUUUCCCAACAAAGGGCCCCUCCCGCAAAAUGAUCCACCAGCACAGAUCUUGCAUCCACUUAGAGCUCCUGUGUCUGAAGUUACAAGCCUUGUGCAUGGAUCAGCUUGUGAAAUUAGGAUCAGGCUCUUCAGCUGUCUUAGUCUUUUUUUUUUUUGAAUGUCAUCGAUAGGAACUGAGAAACUAUCAAGAAUCAGUAUGUAUGGCCGUUUACACUUCUUUGUUAUCACUUUGAUAGCAUGGGGAUUUCAUAAUGUUAUUGAUGUAUUACAGAAAUUGCAAAAAGAAUCUGAUGUACAACAAUGUCAUUUGUGUUUGUUAAACUUUUUAAUGAUGAUAGUUGCCUAAAACCCUUACACGCUCAACAUUCCUCAUUUGCUUUGUUUUUAUUUUAAGUUAGGCCUUGCACAACUUGCUUUCAAAAAUAUAUUGGCUACCAAAAAUAGUCACUGAUAAAAUAUUCAAAUAUUCAGUAGCUACAUUUCCUGAUGAAAUUAAAAUAAAAGGUUCAAGGAUGUCACUCACAUGGUAGGUUUUCUAAAUAAAAUGUAAUUUAGCUUAACACAAGAAAGAAGAGAUAAGAUACUGUCUUUACAAGUUAUGGAUGCAUGCUAAUGAAUGUACUGUACUUGAUUUUUUUUCCCAUUUCCAUUUCUUAAAACUCUUUGAACUUGUACAAAAAGAUUUGCUAAUUGAGUGAGGUUGAAAUAUAAAGUACAUGCAUCCAGCUUUUCCCUAGGUGGUGGCACACUUUGAGGCAGUACAGGGCCGUCAGCUGGAGAGGCUGGCGAGGGCCAGGCAGCUGUAGUCAUGCUGAGGUCUCUGCCUGACCUUAUCGUUCUCACUGUGAGCAGGGCAACAAGACACGUUUGCAGAUUUUCCCUUGGAAAAAAAAUCCUGUAGGAAUAACCACUUUGGAGAAGGUGAUGGGUUCAUCCAUCUGCCUCAUUUUUUGCUGUCUUUCUUGUCUCCUAUGAAGGGACUGCAGGACUAAUGCAUUUCUCAGCCACAGGUCUCCUCCCUCACAGCCUUGGAGGCAUUGAAGUUGGGUCAGUGAGGGGGGUUAGAUUUUGUAAUGUUUCAUCCUUCAGUGGGGACAGUUGCCUCUGACCUACAAAAGUCAUUGCACACCUAUCAGUGCUUGAGCAGAAAUAUCUUCAUCUGAAACAUGGUGUGUCUGAGAUGAAAAGUAAUAUAGUUCUAGUUGAGUCUUAAAUGUAUAUGCUGCUAAAUUACACCGUGGUGUAUCAUAACUAUGAACCAGCUCCAUGCAACCAGAGACUGCUCUGUGAAAGCAUGAUCUUGGCAGCAGCUCAGGCUUGCGCAUGAAGGCUCUGGGGCUUAAAAUGGUUUUGCUUAGUUUUCUUUCAUUAUGUUCACUUUGAAACAAUCAGGACGUCUGUGCUGAAGGAAUUACCAAUAUGUGACUCAGGAAAAUAGCAUGGUUGGUAUGACAAUACUGUGCAGAAGGAACAGCAGCACCAGGGUGUAUGCACUUAACUGAAGAAGGGAAUGUUAUGUGCAUUGGUUUUGUCUGGAAAAUCACACCCCAUAAUUCAGACCUGGGAGUGCAAUGCCAGUGCUGUGUAAUAUUGUGGAUAAAAAAUACAAACACACCCUAAAGCUAUUGGAGGCAGGCCAGUUCCACAUCUGCAGUUAUAAACUAGGUAAAAAAUUAAUGAUGUCCUUUACUGUUGAAACCCUAAACUUUAAAUUUUUAAAGUGUUCAAUGUAUCAGCAGAGUUCCUCAGGUACAAAAGGGAAAACCUUGCCAUCUUCCUGAAAUAUCUGAACUUUUCCUUUAUAUGGAAAUUGUAGUAUUAGGCAAUUAAAAGCUAAAAUUUGGGAGUUAUACUGCGGAGCUGGCAGCUGUUAAACUGACAGUGAUUUCCUGCCUUUGCACAAGAAGAGGGUUUUUUACAAGUUCAGAAAGAUUCACUCUGAAACAGUAACAGAUUUCCUAUCCUUCUGAAUACCUUGUGGUUUUGCUUAUGACACAGUAAAUUGCACUGCAUCCACCCACUGAUGUCUUGUUAGCUGAAGAUUGUAUUUUUCAAUUCUAUCAAAUUGUAAUUUGGCAUUGUGCAAGUAAAGAUGCAGGCACACCAUAAUCAAACUUCUGAAUGCAAAAGACCAUAAGAGCAGUAUUUUGAUCCAACAUGCCCUUCAGAAGAUGGGCAGUAACAGCUCAGUCCCUGCAAGAGAGCUGGCUGUCAGGCAUGUGAAGGUGAGUGACUGAGCAUCCCCUUUGCGAGGACCCAUGCCUUGGUGAAUAAAGCAAAGUGCUGUGAAAAGCUACAUGGUGCUAGAGUGGGAUGAAUAUGGCAACCAAAAAGUCUUGGGAAGGGUCUUAGGCUAGCAGGAGCAGGCAGUCACAGGCUGGUGGGGGCUGCAGCUCAGCAUUUGUUGAGUAAGGAUCUGUCUCCUGCCGCUCCUGCUGCCAGUGAGGCAUGGAUGCAUCUGGAAGUCACAGGGAAGUGAGGACACGUCCACAGUUAUCACAGAAUCACAGAACCAUUUCCAGGUUGGAAAAGACCUCUAAGGUCACCUAGUCCAACCUAGCACUGACAAGUCUGCCACUAAACCAAGUUUCUAAAUUCCUACAUCUACAUGUUUCUUGAAGACCUCCAGGGAUGUUCCCUGGGCAGCCUGUUCCAAUGCUGCACAACUUUCAGUAAAGACAUUUCUCCAGCAAGGAGAGAGAAGAAGGUGUUAAGAGCUGUAAGAGUCCAAAUUAGUGGAUGGAUAGCAGUAUUUGCUAAACAGCAAGUACAGGAGGACUCUAGAAAAUACACACAUUUUCAAACAAGUGGCAACUGCUCCUCAGCUCCUGCACAUGUCCUGGGGCAUGCUGUUGGCAGAGUCCUGCCAUGCAGCCCUCUGUUCUUUCAAGAGAAUCACAUGGAAAUAUGGGUGGAGGACUCGCAGCAGAUCCUUGCACAGUGCCCUGUGUAUUGUCUGCUUCCAGAGGGAUGGACGCUCACAAGUCUCAGCACAGUGCCCUGUCUCCUGGCUUGUGCAAACAUUUUGUAUAUUUCUUGGCAAAUAAUUCAGUUUUGUGUGGCUGACUCCACUUGUUGCUGCUCAGGUUACUGGAGUGCAGCCUAUGUAGGUAUGGCAUUCAGUAAUAAACAUACCUUUGUAUAAGGGAGCAAAGCAGAAAUGCUGCUGACCAAGCAGGAUGCACAGCUGUACCUAGAGCACAGUGGCAGUGAUACAAGAAAGUCCUGAAGAUACCAAAGGUAACCAACAGACAGCACAGAACAUCCUUAAAGCUACCUUACAGAACAGUAGUAGCUUAAAGAAUGUCCUUUCUUCCCCUUUAGAAUCAUUCUGGUUAGAUCAUACAACCACAGUGAUGAAAGAUAAUUCUGCUGUUGUAUAAAGAAUAUUUGUUUCCCAGCUAAGCCCCUACACAAUACUGCAUUGUAUUGAAGAAAAGUCACUAGCCGUGUUGGAAAAUAAGAAGUAUGAUAAGAAUCUAAGAUGAGAAAAAUAGGAAUAAAAUAAACACCUGGUCUAGUUAUCUCUGGAAUGUAAGGAUAUUGGUUCCAGAACAUGUAUACAUUUCUACUUACAAGACUGUACAUUCUCCACAUAAGCAAAAUUUUGCUUUAUGCCUGGGAGUUCAAACUUCUGGCCAGAGUAAUUAAGUGAAGAUCAACGGAGGGUCAUUACAAACACAGAGUGUAACCUUUGCAACGUGAAUCCUCUAACGUAAGGAUGUAACAACGUACAUGUAUACAAUUAAAAAUCCUGCAAAACAACAACAAUGAAAACCUGCUUUGCAUGAUCUUCAUCCCCUCCAGAGUGGAACGGAGAACAAAAACACAGUCAGUGUGGGAAGGCGUUCAGAUCUUGUUGGGAUAGGCAUGGCACAUAAGCAGGAGCAGAACAAAAUAGUCACAGUGACCCAAUUCUGAAUUUAUCAAUAAAAUUAAAUUUAAAGCCUUAUAUAUAUAUAAAUAUAUACAUAUGCUCACAUAACUGUGUAAAGUUAUUGAAAGAAGCAGAGACUGACAGAGUCUUUGAGACCCCUGUCUGCAUUAGCAGCUCCAGUAACUUUCUAAGUCAUCCUCUGCCAUUUGCCAGCAUUGCUCAGCUGGAACUGAAACCAUAGUGUUUCACAUUCCUACAUACAUGGAUCAUGUCUAGAUGACAUUCAGUGUAAUGGACAUCAGCACAUGAAAGAUUAAUAAACACAGCGGAACAGAGUUUUCCCCAUCUCAGGCCCCUUUCUACCAAGACACAGCUGGGAAAAGAGUGCUUCAGUGUCCUCAUCUCUUUGCAAGCCAAGGACACGGGGCCAAGUGGGGUGACAACACCAGUACAGCAUUUUGUGGUGAGUGAGAGCUGCCCUGAACAGCACCAGAAGCCCCUGCCCAGCUGUGCUCCAUCCACAGCACGUCUGAGCAGGAACUGAGAAUCUAACCCCUAACUUGUACACCGGGAAGACAUUUAUUGUCCAAAGGGCGUUAAACGCCAUGUGUUUGCUCCUAUAAAAUAGCAGAGAGAUCCUCCUGUAAUGAAGAGCAUCCACUGCUUUCUUCUGCCUGCCUGAGAUGCAGCACUGGAGACUGUUAUAUGCCGAUAUGUAGAGAGCAAAGCUUAAAAGAAAAGGCUCUUUUGUGUAUUUCCAGUAGAAACACUGGUUUCGAGAACUGGUGACAUGCAUUCAGGGCCAGACAGCUUGUUGUUUUUCUUCCCCUCUAAGCUCCAUCCUCUUUCCUAGCCACAGACCCCACAGGGCACCCGGGAAGUGCCACCAGCUGCCAGCCAGCGGGCAAGGAGCCUCUGACACUUGGCAGGUUUUGGAUAUGCUGUCCUGACAAACCUGCCAUGGCCCUUGGAUCUGUCAGAUGGUUUCACCCUUCUUCUUUGAAUAGAUUGUACUCCAAAAAGUCUGGGUGCACUGCUGAAGUAUGAACAUAUUCCCAUAUGAGCCGUCCUUGGUGUGAUCAGUCGUUGCCAGUCAGUUCCCAGGUGGGGUGCAGGUGGUGUCUCCUCUUCCUCCCCAUUUCCUAGAGUCAUGCUGCCUUCUGGCGCCUUCUGUUUCCUUUCUCAGAAGCAUAUACCUGGCUGACAGAAAUAGCACAAAGCUAUGCAAAAAAUGCCAGAGCCCGCAAAGAGUUCAGCAACUUGUGUUAUUUUCUAAACAGAAGACAAAGGCACCUGGUUUGCCUCAGAUGCUUUGGGGCUGCCAGCUGCUAACACUGAGGGAGCAAGGGGCUCAGAGCACAGCGACACGAGAACAGCAGAAGGCCGGGUGCUACUCCUGAGCACCAGGAGCCUGUUUCAUCAACUGCAUUUUCCUCCUUCCAUGGAGAAGAUGUGGCUUCAGCCAUUCUGAAGAAACACAUACUCAGGAACUCCCAAAAAAUUUCAGUUGUGCUAUGAGCAACGUUCUUCUUAAUAUCAUGUAAUUAAUAUCAGUUGAUGUACAUGUAAUGGCAUCCUACUUUAUGCAUCAUUGCCACUUAAGAGUGCUGGCAGAAGAAACAGCAAAGUCAGUUCAUAACACUUGGUCCUCGUUGUCUAUAAAUAAUAUACUUUAGAAUCAAUCAUUCACCUACAUCAGUACACAUGGGGAAAGUCAAUCAAACAGAGAGACAAAAAUGUAAUUCUUAUCCCUAUUUUGGGUGGACCUGAGAUGGCUCUCCUAAGUGAAAUUAGUGUGUCUUAGACUUCAAGCAGUUAUUCUGGUAGCUCAAAAGGUAAGGCAAGCCCUUGGGUAUGGUUUAUAGCUGUAAAUGGCCUGUGAUCUCUUGCAGAGAUAAUAUACUCCAGUAGCCACUGACUCAUUUUUAUUCAUCCAUGGAACCAUACACAAAGCUCUGCUUUAUCAUCUCAGCCCUUGGUAUUAUCUGCCACAUCUUUAAGAACCACCACUUUCAGGAAAGGAAAAAAAUAAUACAUAAAAUAAAAUAAAAUACACAACCUUUUUUUGUUUCUCAUUUAAGAAAUUUAAAAUAGCACUAAGUCAACAGUAGUUAGUCCAAGUUGCCUUGAUGCUGCUGCCCCAUGAGAGCCUGUUUUCUGACCCCUUGCAAAGCAAUAGUCUUGGGCUGCAUUGAGGCGAUGUUGUUUUAAUCCUGCCCAAGGCUCUCUCUCUGCACACCAGACAAGCUAGAGGAGCCAUAGGCUUUGCAAAUGUCCAGUGAGCAAAUUACCAGUUUAAGCCAUACCUGACUAAACAAACAGUGUGUAUGAAGAGCAAAGUGCAAAAAUCCAUGGUUGUUGAAGAGACACUUAUCUGAAACAUUGCUGUGAAGGUCCGUCUGACACUUCUACUUGAUGUUAACCAAAAUGACAAUUGGCCUAGUCACAGCAAUAAAGGCACACGUGAUAAUAUCUUUAGAGAUUAAUGCAUAAUGUUUACAGACAUAAACCACUAAACCCUCCAAAUACUAGUCCCAAGAAGCUGUGAGAAAAGAAAGCACCAUACCUACAGAAACCCGAGGGAAAAAGAAAGAAGAAAAGAAAACCAAGGCAUAAUUUUGUCACUUAAAAAUGCUAACUCUCCAUAAACAAGCACAACCACCCCCACAGAUCCCUAAGUACCACUGAACAAUGAUUUCCCACAACAGAAGUACUGGAGAAUUUUGCUACCAAGUGCACCAAAGAGAGUUCCUCCUUAGUGUUGUCUGAACAAGGAAAAAGGGGAAAUGUAUCUGUAAGUCCUUUUCUAUUUUUUCAGACCUCGCAAUCAGCCGUGCAUACAAAUAAAUCUUCUAGGUGGAAAAUUCCCACUCCUGGCCCCACUUCUUUUCAUUAGUAAGAAAUCAAAGCUGUUUUUCUUAUGCUAUUACUCCAGCUCCCAGUCUUGUCCUUGGUUUGCUAUGGAGCAUGUCUUUCUCAGCAGCAUGUUGUUACUCCAUAGGCCUGGAGUAGUCUUCGCUGGUGAGCAACAUCACUGAGAAACAUUCAUGAAACUAAGCAAAAUGGACAGUGUGCAUAUUUAGAAAAAAAAAAAAAUCUCUGGAGGAUUUCCUAAACCCUGCAGCAGCGGUGUCCUCUCUAGGUAACACCAACCUGGGGAACAAUGGGGACCCAUAAAGCCCAUUGGACCCGUGGAGUCCCAAGCAGUUGCUGUCACCAACCUACUGCCCUCACUGCAGUAGUGGGUGCCUUGUUUGCUGUGCCCAAAUCUUUACUGUCUUGGCUGCAGGGAAACAGUAACUAAACACUAUGAGAGCUUUUACUAAGAUUAAUGGCAAACAAGAGCUAGCUACCGUGAGCAAAUCCCAGCUGUGGCUUGGUGCUACUACGCACAACAGGAACCGCUUCCUUAGUCACACUACAUGCUCACGAGAAGCCAUCCUAGUGCUCCUGAUUAAACACCAGAAAUUUCAUUUAAUGUUUCAGAGGGGACUUUUUUUUUUUUUUUUUUUUUUUUUAGAAGAACCAGUGUUAAGAGACCUUUGCUUGUGGGAAAAUGAAGAACAGAAAGGUCGGCUGAUCCAGCGGGAUGAGUAAGGACUAGGAGAAGAGGGGAAGGGUCAGCAUGUCUUUCUCACCUGGGGGAAGCAAUUUGUUAGUUUGAAGAUGCAGUACUAUGAUGCAGUCCUCUUGCAAGCCUGGGAGGCACCGAGCAGCCUGGUUGGCUGCUCCAGCCCCUUGCUAAGGAGCUCAGAGUCACAUUAUUCCUCAGCCUGAGCUGUUUUUCACCUGGGGUGGUACAGUAUGUGAAGGGCUAAUGAAGGGCUUGGCCUUGGUUUGGAGGCUCCUGGUGGCUCUUGGCUUUGAGGCUGGAUGAGGACCAAGACAAAAGAAGGAAGCUUUGUGCUUGCCUUGAUUAAAGAUGAGCAUAAACUGCACAGGUAGGGUAUGUGCCGAUGCUCCUAAGGCAAACAGACAAAUGGUGCUAUGGACUUGUAACACGAAAUAUGUUAGUUAUAAGCCUGUUACAGAAGCUCAUCAUCUCAGAGCAAUGGUGGUUGGACUCCUAACAAUAAUGAAGAUGCGUGUAAGAAAACUUGUACUGCCAACACUGCUUGUACUAGCAAAGAUGUUAGUGACUAAAUAGAAAUUCAUGGACUGCUUGUUUAAUUGUACACAUUUACUUCAGACUAAACCCGUUUGUGUAGUAACUUUUCUGAUACUCUGUACAAAUGAACCGGAGAGAAACUGGAACCAGAAAAAGUCAGCUUUGUUGUUUCAGUGUGUUUUAUUGGGGACCAAUGUACCUGCUUGUGUGCUUGUAUAGAAAAGCUGAUAAGCUGUGAGAAUACGAUUUUAUGGUGGAAAGUCUGUUUUUAAUAAGUGGCUUGCAUGACUGAUCUGAUGCUAAAUAAAAUAGUUAAUCUAGA